AGCCCGGGAACGAAAGCCCGGAAACAGACGCCGCGGCCGGCUCUGGCGAGUGGCGUGGCAAAGCCCGUCGGCCUCGGUUCCCCGAACUGCGCGCCCCGCGUUGGGUGAUCCCGAGAUCAGGCAUCUUCCCAGGCGCCUACUUCCGGGGGUCUUCCCAUUGAAUGGAAGUUUUCCGUCCCGCCUGUGGUCCAGGCCCGGAACUCGUAGGGCAUCCUAGGCUUUGGGCUCCGAGUGUGGAACUUCUCCCGUGACACAACGAGUCCUAGAGAGGGACCCUGUGUCUGGCUCCCUCCACUUAAUAGAACUUUUGAGUUCCUCCUGGGACACAAAACCCCCUCCCCCUCAAAAAAAAAAAAAAAACCCUACACACACCCAUCCCCAUCCGUUUUUCUGUUUGGGUCGCAGAGCCCAGCUGACUAAGCCGUCCAAGGGUGCUUAGCGCCGGGGAAUGAGCAAGGCAGGGCCUGGGGCUUGUUGGCGGCCAGAGGGCCUCCCCUCAGCGAGGGCCGCGCCCCGGCCCUCCGCCCCAGCAUCGGCCUCCCCCCCCGCUCUCGGAGCGAAAAUGCCGGGGAAAAGGCCUCCGAGCGAGACCGGCAUCCGAAGCGGCAAGAGAGAGCGCAAGGCGAUCCCUCUGGCCGCGAAGCUGGAAGUGCUGCGGCGGUUUGAAGAGGGCGAGAAGCUGAGCCGGAUCGCCAGAGCCUUAGGGCUGGCCGUCUCCACCGUGGCCACGAUUCGAGACAAUAAAGAGAAGAUAAAAGCCAGCUCGGAAGCGGCCUCCCCUGCCAGGGCCGCCCAGCCGACCAGGCGCAGGAGCGCCGGGAUGGAAAACGUGGAGCGGCUGUUAGGCUUGUGGAUCCAAGACCAGAACCGGCAGCACGCGCCCAUGAGCGCGACGGUCGUUCAAGACGAGGCAAAAAGCUCGUUUGGCGAUCUGCAGCGGGAACAAGGGGGAAGCGCGCAAAUGGAGACCUUUGGUGCCAGUCGGGGGUGGCUUGUGAGGUUUAAAGGAAGGCACGGCUUGCCCAGCGUCACGGCGGCCCACGAUGCUGCCAGCCCAGCCGCGGGCCGUGAGCUUAAGUACCCAGAAGGGCUGAAGAGCGUCGUCCAGAAGGGCGGGUACACGCCUCGCCUCGUUUUUAACAUCGGAGAGACAGGACUUUAUUGGAAGCGGAUGCCCGAAAACGCGUAUAUUUCCGUGGAAGAGGAUGCCGCCGCCGCAGGGCGGAGACCAACCAAAGACCGCCUGAUGCUGCUUCUGGGAGGCAACGCCGCCGGUGACUUCAAGUUGAAGCCUUUAUUGGUCUAUCAUUCCGAAAAUCCCCAGGCUAUGAAGGGUUACUCCAAGCCAAACCUCCCUGUGAUUUGGCGCUCUAACAAAAAGGCCUGGAUAACAAGGAGCAUCUUUCAUGAAUGGUUCACGCACUUCUUCUGCCCUGCGGUUGAAAAGUACUGUGCCCAAAAUAAUCUUGCCAACAAAGCAUUACUCAUCCUAGAAAAUGCCCCGGGUCACCCUGUAAAUUUAAGUGAUCUCUCUGAUAAUGUAAGGGUAGAAUACCUCGUCGAAAAUAAAGCCAAUCCCAUGCAACCCAUGGGUCAAGGGGUGAUUUCCACCUUCAAGGCUCAUUAUCUGAGGAAGACUUUUCAACACCUUUUGGGAGGAACUGAUGGGGAAGAUAGGAGUACAGUUAGGGAAUUUUGGAGAAACUACAAUAUCAUGAACGCUGUGGACAACAUUGCUGAAGCAUGGGAUGAACUUGAGCCGUCCUUGAUGAAUAGUGUGUGGAAGAAGAUUUGGCCCGAGUGUGUGCAUGCUCAUGAUGUUUCUCAAAUAGAAAAUAUUACACAGAUUCAGCAAGACAUUUUGGCCCUCGCAAAUGACAUAGGCUUUGCAGAACUUGUAGAAGCAGAUGUAGACCAGCUGCUACAGUCCCAUGAUGAAGAGUUGUCCAAUGAGGAACUUAUGCAGUUAGAACAAGAGCGAGCUGUAGAAGAAAAGGAAGAGAAUGAAGAUGCUCCACCCAUUCUCCGACAACUGACUACAAAAGAAUUGUCGGAAGCCUUUUCCCACUUUGAGGCAGGCAUGCAAAUUCUUGCAAAUAAUGAUCCCAAUAGUGAAAGGAAAUUUGCAGUUUCAAGAGGAAUAAAUGAUACAAUUAGCUGUUAUCGAGAGCUGUACAAUGAGAAGAAACAACGUUCAAAGCAACUAUCUUAGGAUGCUUCCUUUUUUUUUUUUUUUUUUGGACAAAUUUUCUUUACUAAGUGAUCAAGGAAAAUGAA